ACACUGAAGAGGAGUGGAGACCGCGGUGCACCUGCAGAGGGCUGCGUGGAUGUAGCACGCAACGUGGAUGUGUCACGCCGCUGUUUUGCUGCAGGAGGUUGAUAAAGUGGCAUUAUUAAAGCUAACCUUACGUAGGUACGCAUUUCACACCUCACACGCACGCGCACCGGUGCUACCACGCGGAUUUGGACAUGUAGCCUUGGAGAAGACACUUGAACACGGACACAGGGACAGUGACCACGCUUUCAACAUCUACGUACACAGACGCGGAGGUUGUUAGUGGACAGUUGCUGAGCGUGGAGUGGGAUUGUCUCAGGACACACUAUGGGGGGAUUCGGGGCGGUGUGGAGCGCCCUGGAUGGGACUUGGCGGUGGCCGAGGCUGCUGCUGGUGCUGAGCUUGUUGCUGCAGCGUUACCUGGGCUCCGUGUUGGACUGCCCGCCUACCUGCAGCUGCUCGCCCACCGACAUAUUCUGCAACAAGUCGGACAACAGCAAGUUCUUCCCGCUGCUAUCCUUUCAGGGUCACAGCUCCAACGGCAGUGGUGGCAUCGAGGAGCUCUUUCAGAACAUCACCUCCAUAUACAUAGAGAACUGGACUGGUCUGCAGACGCUGAGAGAUGUAGACAUGGAGCUGUACACCGGUCUGCAGCGACUAACCAUCACAAGGAGCAACCUACAUUACCUUCAAGCUCGGGUCUUCUCCAAGAACCCUCAGCUACACUACAUAAACUUAUCGAAGAACCCCAUGCUGACCACAUUGUCAUGGCAGGUCUUCGAUCAGCUGCAGCUUUUAGAACUACAUUUGGAGGACGUGGUGUUUGAGUGUGGCUGUGGCAUCCGCUGGCUGCAGCUAUGGCAACAGAGAGGAGAGGCGGGGCUGGGCAGUCAGGAGCUGUACUGUGAAAACGACUACGGGAAAAUGCUACUGCAGGACAUGAACAUCAGUGGAUGUGAGCUGCCAGAUAUCAGCGUGAGCCACAGCAACCUGACUGUAGUGGAGGGGGACCGUGUCAUUGCCACCUGUAAUGGGACAGGUUCUCCGUUACCUGAGGUGGACUGGCCUGUCCAUGGACUUCAGUCUAUCGACAUACAAAAGGCGAUGUUUUAUGAGAACACUCACUCUGUCAACCUCACACUGGUGAAUGUGAGUCGAGAUGACAACAACUUCUUAUUGACCUGCAUCGCCACCAACAUCGUGGGAAUGACCAACGCCUCAAUCCAGCUCACUGUGCACUUCCCUCCAACCAUAGUGAGGCUGAGAGAGCCUGAGCGCCGCUAUGACACCUGCAUAGAGUUCACGGUGAGGGGCUCUCCUCAUCCAUCCCUUCGCUGGUUCUACAACGGAGAGGAAAUCUCUCACUCUGAGUUUCUGCGUCCAGACAUGGAGUUUUUCCAGGACUAUAUUGAGGGCUGUCUCACCUUUAAAAACCCAACUCACCGCAACAACGGCAACUACACCUUAGAGGCCAUCAACUACCUGGGUGUGGCCAACAGCACUGUGUAUGGACAUUUCCUCACCCAGCCUUUCGAAAAUGAACCAGAAACGGACUAUGACUAUUUUACUCCUACUCCAGAGACACACAAGCCAGAUGACACCUUUGGUGUGUCCAUUGCAGUGGGCCUGGCAUGCUUUGCCUGUGUGAUGCUGGUAGUUCUCUUCCUGCUCAUCAACAAAUAUGGACGCCGGUCCAAGUUUGGCUUGAAAGGUCCUGUUGCGGUUAUAAGUGGGGAAGAAGACUCAGCCAGUCCUCUUCAUCACGUUAAUCACGGUAUCAUGAGUCCCUGCACCCUGGACCCCACCUCAGACGCAGUGGUCAUCGGGAUGACCAGGAUCCCCGUAAUAGAAAACCCACAAUAUUUCAGACAUGGACACAACUGCAACAAGCCUGCCACCUAUGUUCACCAUAUUAAACGACGAGAUAUCAUUUUGAAGAGAGAACUGGGAGAAGGAGCAUUUGGCAAAGUGUUCCUGGCAGAAUGUUACAAUCUGAGUCCCACUAAAGACAAGAUGCUCGUGGCAGUCAAGACUUUGAAGGACCCAACUCUUGCAGCAAGAAAGGACUUCCAGCGGGAGGCUGAGCUGCUGACCAACCUGCAACAUGAGCACAUAGUGAAGUUCUAUGGAGUGUGUGUGGACGGGGACCCUCUCAUCAUGGUCUUUGAAUACAUGAAGCACGGAGACCUCAACAAGUUUCUCAGAGCUCACGGGCCAGACGCCAUGAUCCUGGUGGACGGGCAGCCGCUGCAGACCAACGGAGAGCUGGGCCUGUCCCAGAUGCUGCACAUUGCCAGUCAGAUCGCUGCAGGGAUGAUCUAUCUAGCAUCCCAGCACUUUGUCCACCGAGACCUGGCCACCAGGAACUGUUUAGUGGGCAAUGGCCUUCUGGUGAAGAUAGGAGACUUUGGCAUGUCCAGAGAUAUAUACAGCACAGAUUAUUACCGGGUGGGGGGUCACACCAUGCUGCCUAUCCGAUGGAUGCCUCCAGAAAGCAUUAUGUACCGAAAAUUUACCACUGAGAGCGACGUCUGGAGCUUUGGCGUCAUUCUGUGGGAGAUCUUCACUUACGGCAAACAGCCGUGGUUCCAGCUUGCAAACAAUGAGGUGAUUGAGUGCAUAACUACGGGCAGAGUGCUGGAGCGGCCGCGGGUCUGUCCCAAAGAGGUGUAUGACAUGAUGCUGGGCUGUUGGCAAAGAGAGCCUCAGCAACGACUCAACAUUAAGGACAUUCAAAAGAUGCUGUUCACUCUUAUGAAGGCCACGCCUGUCUACCUGGAUAUACUGGGAUAGACAUUGGGAUAGACACUGGAAUAGCCAUUUUUGGGCUUUCUGGGGUCAGAGUUACUUGGUUGCUCACGACUUUUGGACCAGACCUAAACCAUGGGCUGGUAACUAAAAAUGAGACCACUUUUCCUCCAACUGCAGGAGAGAGAGAACUGACAUGGACUCAAAGCAUCAGGAAUACAUUGUAAGGAUAUGCCCAUGUGGUACUAUGGUAUGGUAGGUUUUGGUUACUAGUAUUUCAAGCUAUGAAGACAUAUUUUCUAGCAGGGAGUAUUCAGCAGGAUUGGGUAAACAUGAUUGUAUUAAUUGGUCUGACUCUUCUCAACACUUGUUUCUCAAACUUAUGCAUUCAUACUUCACUAGUUAGUGAAUGGGUUCUUUUCUUCUCUGCUUUGAAACUCUAAUUGUGUUACUAUUUACCACUUCACAACCCACAACAAGUUUACAAAGAUAACAUUUACUGCUUUGGUGUCAGAAUUUUUGUCAUGACUCCUCAUGUCCAACCAUUGCUCUUAAGAAAAUCCAAAAAAAUAAUGUAUUCUCCAAUAAAUAAGCAAAACACAAUUACCCCAUAUUAUACUUUUUGGGCAAUUGACUUACUAGCUUUGAAGUUUUACCUACUAACACAAUACAUUUUACUGUUGGUGUCAUCUUUGAUCUGAUAUUGGUGAAAAAUAUUGAUUGGUGAGUUAGUCAUUUUAAAGUGAGUUGUUUACGUAACAGGUUUACAAUAUAGUGACAUGCAAAAGCUUGACACAUUUUAUAUUUACUUUGAUACUUAUUGAUUGAUUUGAUUGAAAGGCCAAUGUUUUGUUAGUUUUUUUUUGUUUAUUUGGUAUUUACAUUUGCAAAGCCAUGUUGACUUGUUAUUCUGAGCAGACCUUGUUAAUGUGGGCAGUGUGGGCUGAGUGUCUGUCUGUCGCCAUAGACCUAAAAGUGCCUCCUUCUUUCACUGAGGACUCCAACAAUAGUCUUUUAUGAUAAGAGCACCUUUACUGUACAUUUUGUUUACCUGCUUCAAAUGUACACUAAAUGUUUCUUUCUGUCUUUUACAACAAAUACUACAACAGGAAAAAAAACAAAAACAAAAAAAAAAACAAAAAAAAACUCACACACAAAAACUUGAAAUCUUUUAAAAUAACCCUGUAGGGGAGGACAAAAAGUGCUUUUUCUACUCUUUGCAGCUUAACAUAUUGUGAAAUACCUGAAAGAUUAGUUACUUUCUGUUUGUAAAAGUCAAUACAGUAUAUAUGUUACAUAUUUUCUAUUUAUUUUUUAUUUGAAUUCAAUAAGUGGACCUCUGCCAUGCUCCAAAGCCAUUUGAAUAUUUUGCUACAGGCUUUCAUUGAUAAGCUAGAAAUGAAUAAAUUCAUUUACCAGGAAGUAUUGACAUACUGUAUGACCAACACUGUUCACAUAAUGACAACCAUGCACAAAUAAAGUUUUGUGGCAAGAACAAAAGAUUGUUAAUGAACAACGUUGUGUUGCUUUGAUAAAGAAUGUACAUAGUGUAAAUUUCUCUAUGUAUGGGGUAUGUUAACUUAUUUUGAGUUAGUUUUGUUCCUUAGUAUGUUGUUAUAAAAGUAUGUACAAACAAUAUAUUUUGAUAAUCUUCUUUACAAAUAUGAUAAUUGUCUCAUCAUGCCAUUGUCGCAGCCAUCUUAAGUUUAAUAUUUGAAGAUAGUCAAGAGCAAAGGACAAACUUUCAUUUGCUUCUAUAUUAUAGUUUAUGUUUUGGCAAACUUGAGUUUGCAUAGUCAAGAACGCUGAGAUUAUAUGAACAUGUAACUUGUCAGCUAUGAUACGCGUGUGGGUGAAUUGCUACAUGAGCUUAUAGAACACAAUACAUGGACAGUAAGUUGAAUGUAAAGACUGUUGACGGUGAAGUAUCUCUGUCACUAAUCAAAAAAUCCAUCAGCGUAACCUAAACCCAGAGUGAUCUACU